AUGGAACGCCCGCCUUCGAAAUAUGCAAAAUGUUGCCAUUGUAAGGCAGAGAUUGCAUCUCAGGGUGUCAAGCAUGGGACAUGUGUUAUGAAUAAUCAUUUGAAGAUACGUAAGAAGAAGCCUAAGGAGGAAAAAGGACAGCAAACUCUUGAUUUUCAACCGGCCAGGCUAGGAGAGGAAGGAAAAUUGGUUGCGGUAACUUUUAGUCAAGAUGCAUGUACAAAGGAAGUGAUUUUAUUUGUGAUUUUAGAUGAGAAGCCAUUUAGAGUGGUUGAAGGAGAAGGGUUCAAUGAACUUUGUAGGGUACCAUUACUACCUCCUAUGGAGUACGGAACAAUCGAUUUUCUGCUGACCCUCUCAGGAAUGGUACCUCUAGGUUGA